ACGGCCAAGAGUAACCACACAAAAAAAAAAAAACCUUUUUCCUCUGCGAAAAAUCUCAUGCCCUCUCGACUACCAUGAAGGCUUGCAAUUUCAUCUCCCCUUCCGCCCCUCCCAGAUUCUUCCCCACUCCUUACCCUCACCUCCGCACUUACAACGCCCCCUCCUCACGCGCCGCACCUUUACUCCAGGUUAAAUCCUUCCGACGCGGCGACUUCGACCGCUUCGCCGAUAACAUCAAGUCCGGUAAGGCUUGGAGAGACGCGUGGCGUACGGCCAACGACGGAUUCGAGCAGUUCGUCUUCGAGGCUAAGAAGACGGCCGAGAGAAUCGACCGUGAGUACGCCGUCUCUCGCCGUUUAAGCUCCGCCGCGAGCUCUGCCGGGGACCGUGCUAAGGAGAUUGAUCGCGAGUAUGGGAUUAGCCCUAGGGUUAGGAACUUAUCGGCUGAUUUUAGUAGAAAUUUCCCCAAGUACAGGAAGCAGUUCAGUGACUUCUUGAACACACCACUCGGUGGAAGUUUUGCUACUAUUUUCUUUGUUUGGUUUGCUCUCUCUGGAUGGCUGUUCCGAGUGAUAAUAGUCGCCACAUGGGUUCUUCCCAUUGCUGGCCCUCUUCUCAUUGGUGCCGUGGCCAAUAACUUCGUCAUCAAGGGAGAAUGCCCAGCGUGUAAGAGGCAGUUCAUAGGAUACAAGAACCAAGUGAUCAGAUGCGAGGGAUGUAGGAACAUCGUGUGGCAGCCACAAGGCGACUUCUUCUCAAGAGACGGUAACAACAACAACAGUAGCAACAACAAGGGUAAUUCUAAAAAGCCACCUAAGUCACAAAUCAUCGAUGUCGAUUUUGAGGAGAAGUGAUAUGAAUCAUAUGAUCAGACAGAGCAGAAGGCGUGUGUUUCGGUAGUAGCUGAAUCAUUUGCUGUUUUGUUUGUUUCUAUAAGCUGCAGCUAUGCAGAAAGGCACUCGUGUUGAUUGUUGUGUAGUAUACUAUAAGGCCUUUGUGUAGAUUGAACAAAUGUAGUUUCCAAGGGCACACGAGGCGAGGAGAGAGCCUUAGAUGAAACUUUGAAAGUAAUUUAUAUGUAGUCAAAUCAUAUGAAAAAGAAAACAUUUUACAUCUCC